GGGGUGGAAAGGGACCCCGAGCACCCCAGGGCUGAGCUGAAACCUGGUGCCCUUGCCGAGGGGGUUCCUGGCCUCUUCCCCGUGAGGGGUUGGGGGGGCUCCUUGCACCCCUUCCCCAGCGCCUGCCACCGAGGCCCCCCCCCAGGGACACGAUCGCAGCCCCGCUGCAAGAUGGGGGAUCACUCCAGGGGAGCUGGAGCUUGUGUGUGUGUGUCCCCCCACCCCGCCUUGGUGCCCCUGUUCGAGAAAUCUUUAUCACCCCCCACAUUUCUAGUCCGCCGUGCCCCCAAAGCAGCGUGGCUCAGCGCAGAGGUGCCUGCUCUCUGUGCUGACCCAGCCUGUGCUGUGUGCCGUUCACUCUGAAGCCUAAUGAUGGUGUGAGAAGCGGGGAGUUAGGUAUUUCGUUGCCUCUGAAGGCCAGCUCCAUCAGGAGCAGGGCUGCCCUGGAGCCCAUGCCCUGCUCAGUGCCUGUCAUUAGCGGUACUCUCAGGGGGGGCUUUGCAGCACAGUUUGGGUCAGGGGACUGAAAUUCUGUGUUCUGGGGGGCAGAGCCAGGGGGAGCGGGGGGGGGUUCCCAGUGCACUCCCUUUACCAGCUCGUGUGCAGCGGCCCCCCCCCUUGGGACCCCCACGGAGCCGUCGUGGAGAAGGACUGGACUAACUUUGUGCCAAAGCAGUCUGCUUUCAGAGUCCACCCGGCCGGAGGGACAGAGAAAUCCUCCGCGGGAGCCAGGGUCGGACCUUCCUCCAGAUCCCACCUUCCUCCUCCUCGCCUGCCGGGGACAGAGCCAGCCCCUUGGCACAGAGCCGCUGGAAUUUGGCUGCCGCGGCCACACGUGACUGUCCCCGCUCAGGACACCCGGCACCCUGCCCGGGCCGUGGCUGGGCGCUUUCGGCACGGAUCCAGCCCAGCAGCUGGAAAAACCGGCCGGGCGCUGAGCAAACAGCCGGGGGUCAGGGCAAUGUUUAACCCCUGCCCCUCGCCCUGCUGCGCGGCCGGACACGGGGACUUGGGGACACGGGGACUUGGGGACACCGGCACGGCCCCUCCGACGUCACCUCUCCCUCCUCCGUCCCCCAAAUCCUGCUGCGGCUCUGGGCGAGGAGCUGGGGACACGCAGCGAGGUCCCACGGGACACCAGAGCCGGGAGGUGACACCGGGCGCAGCCCUGUCCCUCCGGAGGGGCUCCCGUGCCCCGAAGGGGAUGGACACCGGGGCUGCGGUGGGGGGGGGACGGGGACCCCGAAGGGAGCAGCCGGUGCCUCCCCGCACCUCUCCGCGGCACAGCAUCCGUCGCCGGGACCAUGGCAGCCCAGCCCGACGGAGGCGAGAAGCCCUUCCACAUCAUCUCGCCCACCCUGGAGAGCCUACCCCUGUCCAGGGCGGCGGGCACCAAGGUCUACAUGAAGCUGGAAAACAUCCAGCCCACGGGCUCCUUCAAGAUCCGCGGCAUCGGCCGCCUCUGCCAGGAGGCCGCCAAGAAGGGCUGCCGCCGUUUCGUUUGCUCUUCAGGGGGGAACGCCGGUCUGGCGGCAGCGUACGCGGCCAAAAAGCUGGGGCUGCCGGUCACCGUCGUGGUCCCCAGUACCACUGGCCCCACCACGGUGCGCAAACUGGAGGAGCUGGGGGCGGAGGUGGAGGUCUCUGGCCAGGUGUGGGAUGAAGCCAACAAGAGAGCCCUGGAGCUGGCACAGACCGAAGGCUGGGUCAGCAUCCACCCCUUCGACCACCCAUCGGUGUGGCAGGGUCAUGCCAGCCUGGUCCGGGAGCUGAAGGACUCGCUGGAAACCAAACCGGACGCCAUCCUGCUGGCGGUGGGUGGCGGGGGGCUGCUGGCCGGCGUGGUGGCCGGCCUGCGCCAGGUGGGCUGGCAGGACGUCCCCAUCGUCGCCGCCGAGACCCGGGGGGCCCACAGCUUCCACGCGGCGCUGGCGGCCGGCCGCCUCGUCUCCUUGCCCGACAUCACCAGCGUGGCCAAGUGUCUGGGAGCCAAGACGGUGGCGGCGCGGGCGCUGGAGUGUGCCCAGGAAUGCCGGGUCAUCUCCCAGGUGGUGGAGGACGCGGAGGCCGUGCGAGCCGUGGAGCGGUUCCUGGAUGACGAGAGGAUGCUGGUGCAGCCGGCGUGCGGGGCAGCCCUGGCCCUGCUCUACGCGGGGCGGCUGCGGCGGCUGCAGCGCGAGGGGCGGCUGCGGACCCCGCUGGCCUCCGUCGUGGUGGUGGUCUGCGGGGGGGGCAGCAUCCAGGCGGCCCAGCUGCGGGCUCUGAAGGACCAGCUGGGGCUGGAGUGACACCCACCCCGAGGAAAGGGGGAACGCGACGGAGCCCAGCCGGCACCCUCUGCUUUGCUUUCCUUCCGAAAUAAAUAAAAUAAAGCCCCGCUGCCUGGCGGACGCGGGGCCGGACUCCUC